AUGAACAAGGAUGUCAAAGCUUGGGCCUGGUCAUGUCUGAUCUGCCACCGCAACAAGGUGCAGCGUCACAACAAGGCCCCACCAGUCACUUUCCCCAGUCCCGACGCACGGUUCAGCCAUGUGCACCUGGAUGUCGUAGGCCCCUUGCCUCCAUCCAAUGGUUUCACCCACCUUACCUGUGUCGAUCGAUAUGCCCGCUGGGCUGAAGCUGUUCUUUUGCCGAAUGUGCAGGCUGAAACCAUCGUGAAGGCCUUCGUCAGUCGUUGGGUCGCCAUGUUCGGUGCUCCAUCCACGGUUACGACUGAUCGUGGUGCCCAGUUUGAGUCGAUACUCUUCUAA